GGGGGCGACAACCCACACAUCCUGUUUCCCGUUAGCUCAUCAAGCUGCAAUAUUCAAGCCUUGACAUUGCGAAGAUGGACGCUGUUAUGGUCUAGUCCUGGAUACAUAGGAACCACAAACUGCGAGUUUCAGAUCUCUGUUAUGAGAACAUUUCUCGUUCGUCCAGGUGGAGGCUGGAGGUGUGUGUAGAGUGCAGUACACAUCAGCAGCAUGUAUUCUGAGUGGCGCUCGCUGCAGCUGGUGGUGCAGAGUGACCAGGGCCAUCUCAGUGUUCUGCACAGCUAUCCCACCACCGUGGGUACGGAGGUGGCAAAUGCUGUGGUCAAACCUCUGGGUACAGCUGUAAGCCCUGUGGCCACAGAGAAUAUCCUGAAGACCGACAAGGAGGUGAAAUGGACCAUGGAGGUGUUGUGUUAUGGCCUCACCCUCCCCCUGGAGGGAGACACCGUGAAGCUGUGUGUGGAUGUGUACACAGACUGGAUGAUGGCCCUGGUGUCGCCCAGGGACUCCAUGCCUACGCCGGUUGUCAAGGAGCCCAACAUGUACGUCCAGACCAUCCUCAAACACCUCUACAACGUCUUUGUGCCAAGGCCUGAGCAGCAUAGUCUGAACCACAUCAGGCUCUGCCAGCAGGUUCUGACUGCAGUCCAGAAGUUGGCACGUGAGUCUGUUUCCAUGGUGAGGGAAACCUGGGAAGUGCUAUUGCUCUUCCUGCUUCGCAUCAACGACACAUUACUUGCCGCGCCAACGGUUGGAGUUGGCGUUGCUGAGAAACUGGCAGAGAAACUGAUGGCGGUGCUGUUCGAGGUGUGGCUACUGGCGUGCGCUCGCUGCUUUCCCACGCCGCCAUAUUGGAAGACAGCGAAGGAAAUGCUGGCCAACUGGAGACACCACCCCCCGGUUGUAGAGCAGUGGAGCAGAGUGGCCUGCGCCCUCACCUCCAGGCUCUUGCGCUUUACACAUGGACCAUCCUUCCCGCCCUUUAAAGUUCCCGAUGAAGAUGCCAGCCUGAUCCCUUUAGAGAUGGACAACGACUGUGUGGCCCAGACGUGGUACCGCUUCCUCCACAUGCUAAGCAACCCAGUGGACCUGAGCAACCCUGCGAUAGUGAGCACCACUCCGAAGUUUCAGGAACAGUUUCUCAACUCCAGCGGCAUCCCUCAUGAAGUGGUGCUGCAUCCGUGUUUGAAACAGCUGCCCCAGAUCUUCUUCAGGGCCAUGAGGGGCAUCAGCUGCUUAGUGGAUGCAUUCUUAGGUGUCUCUGUUGAAAAGAAAGAUGUACGGGAGAGGGUGUUCACUUUUUCUCCAGUGCUGCACUCUCAUGGUAUAUCACGUCCCAGAUCUGACAGUGCCCCGCCCACCCCGGUCAACAGAAUGAGCAUGUCUCCGCCCCCCUCCAUCACCAACACCACACCCCCCCACAGCCGCAAGCAGAGGCAUACAGUGGUCAACAAAACCACGAGCAAGAGUUCAACGGGCAGUGGCAGUCAACCAACCAAAGGGUCCCAGCAGCAGCAGCAGCAGCAGCAGUCCUCCUCCCCGACGCUGCUCUCCAGCCCCAACCAGAGCAGCUGGGAGUCUCGGCCCCUGCCCGCCCCGGCACGUCCCAAAGUCAACAGCAUCCUCAACCUGUUCGGCCAGUGGCUCUUCGACGCGGCCCUGGUCCACUGUAAGCUCCACAGCGGCCUCAGCAGAGACCCCAGCAUGACCGCGAUAGCCACUCAAGUAGGUCUGGAGCUGAGAAGGAAGGGUUCCCAAAUGUCCACCGACUCCAUGGUGUCCAACCCCAUGUUCGACGCCAACGAGUUCCCAGAGAGCUACGAGGCGGGGCGGGCGGAGGCCUGCGGGACGCUCUGCCGCAUCUUCUGUAGCAAGAAGACCGGAGAAGACAUUCUGCCCGUUUACCUGUCCAGGUUCUACAUGGUCCUGAUUCAGGGUCUCCAGAUCUCAGAUUUUAUCUGCAGACCAGUUCUGGCUUCUAUCAUCCUCAACUCUUCCUCUCUGUUCUGCACCGACCUGAAAGGCAUCAACGUGUUGGUGCCCUACUUUAUAGCUGCCCUGGAGACUAUUGUACCAGACAGGGAGCUGUCCAAAUUCAAGAUGUACGUAAAUCCCACCGACCUGCGGAGAGCCUCCAUCAACAUCCUGCUUGCCAUGCUGUCUUUGCCGCAUCAUUUUGGCAACAUCAAAUCAGAGGUUCUGUUGGAAGGAAAGUUCAACGAGGAGGAUGGGUGGCCACAUGACCAGCCCGUGUCUUUCCUGUCCCUGAGGCUGCGUCUCGUCAACGUCCUCAUAGGAGCCCUUCAGACUGAGACGGACCCCACCAACACACAGCUCAUCCUGGGUGCAAUGCUAAACAUUGUUCAAGACUCGGCACUGCUGGAGUCAAUAGGUGCACAGACUGAAACGGGGAGCAUAGACGGGAGCAACAUGGCGGUGAGGAGUCACAAUCACAGCCGCACCAACAGCGGCAUCAGCUUCAACAGCGGGGGGAGCACGGAGGCCACCAGCCCCGACUCUGAGAGACCUGGCCAGGCCCUGCUGCGAGACUACGCUCUUGCAGAUACGGCGGCGGGCCUGCUGGUGCGCAGCAUCCACCUGGUCACCCAGAGACUCAACUCCCAGUGGAGGCAGGACAUGAGCAUCUCACUGGCUGCACUGGAGCUGCUGGCGGGGCUAGCCAAGGUGAAGGUGGGAGUAGACUCUGCAGACCGUAAGCGGGCCGUCAGCUCUAUAUGUGGGUACAUCGUGUACCAGUGCAGCCGUCCAGCUCCCCUCCAGUCCCGAGACCUCCACUCCAUGAUUGUAGCUGCCUUCCAGUUUCUCUGUGUGUGGCUCACAGAACACCCCGACAUGCUGGAUGAGAAGGAUUGUCUGGUAGAGGUGUUGGAGAUUGUGGAGCUGGGAAUAUCUGGCAGUAAGUCUCGACAGGAACUGGAAGUCCGACAUAAAGGGGAGAAGGAGCACAACCCGGCCUCAAUGAGGGUGAAGGAUGCUGCGGAGGCCACUUUAUCCUGUAUCAUGCAGGUGUUGGGGGCCUUCCCCUCCCCCAGCGGGCCCGCCUCCACCUGCAGCCUGCUGAAUGAAGACACCCUGAUCCGCUACGCCAGACUCAGCGCCACGGGAGCCAGCAACUUCCGCUACUUCGUCCUGGACAACUCGGUCAUCCUCGCCAUGCUGGAGCAACCCCUCGGCAACGAGCAGAACCCGAGUCCAUCAGUGACGGUUCUGAUCCGAGGCACGGCAGGCAGACAUGCCUGGACCAUGCAGCUCUUCCAUCAACCCAGAGGAGCUCGGGCCAAUCAGAGGCAGGUGUUUGUUCCAGAGGGCCGUCCAAAACCCAACAACGGUGUGGGCAUCAAGUACAACGUGAAGCAGAGGCCCUUCCCCGAAGAGGUGGAUAAGAUUCCUCUGGUCAAAGCGGACGUCAGUAUUCCUGACUUGGAUGACAUUGUCAGUAAAGAGGUGGGUUGUAUGGGCUGGCUGGAUGAAUCAAGAGCUACAAAUGCUCUGAUCAGUAAUUUCCCACACCUGGAACUGCAACAUGACAAGCUCCGGGCUCUGAUGACAAAGCAGAUGGAGUACGAGAACUCCCUGGAGCGACACAGCGAGGAGAUCUGGAAGUCCAAGCCUUACCCCGACCCUCAGACGGACUGCAAACCGCCGUCCCCCGCGCAGGAGUUCCAAACAGCUCGCCUCUUCCUCUCACACUUCGGCUUUCUGUCUCUGGAGGCGCUCAAGGAGCCCAACAACAGUCGUCUACCUCCUCAUCUGAUUGGCCUGGAGUCUUCGUUGCCCGGGUUUUUUGAUGACAUAAGCUACCUAGACCUGCUUCCUUGCCGACCGUUUGACACCGUCUUUAUUUUCUAUGUGAGGGCUGGACAGAAAAGCAGCCCGGAGAUCCUGAGGAAUGUGGAGUCGUCGUCCAGCGUCCAGCCCCACUUCUUGGAGUUCCUGCUGUCCUUGGGCUGGCCUGUGGACGUGGGACGCCACCCGGGCUGGACGGGACACCUGGACACCAGUUGGUCCCUGAACUCCUGCUCCGACAGCACUGAUUUCCAACAAACGGAGGACGCAGCUACUCCCGAGGACACAGGAGGCUCCAUGUUCAACGGGGAGAAGAAAGUUUUGUACUAUGCUGAUGCUCUGACAGAGAUUGCCUUCGUUGUUCCUUCGUUAUCGGAGAAUUCUGAGGAGUCGUCGGUGCACAGCGACUCCACCGUGGAGGCGGACACUAACGCAGACAUCGUGCCCGGGUCACUCAAACAACCCCAUCUCACACUGGAGCUGUUCCCCAACCAUUCAGAAAACCUGGAGUCUGCCAAAAAGCUGAGUCCUUUGGUGAAGUCGAAGAGGUCGUCCACUGGAAAGUCUUUCCCACCUCUGGGUCCCGAGACCAAGGUGUUUGUGGUCUGGGUGGAGCGCUUCGAUGAUAUCGAGAACUUCCCUCUGUCUGACCUCUUGGCGGAAACCAGCACGGGCUUGGAAGGGAGCAUGAGCAACAGCACUUCCUGCAGGUCAGGGUUACUGGAAAAGGACGUUCCUCUGAUCUUCAUCCAACCUCUGAAGACGGGACUCUUCAGGAUGCGGCUGCAUGGGGCUGUGGGUAAAUUCGGCAUGGUGAUUCCUCUGGUGGACGGCAUGGUGGUCAGCCGCAGAGCACUAGGGUUCCUCGUGCGGCAAACGGUCAUCAACGUGUGCCGACGGAAGCGUCUGGAAAGUGACUUGUACAACCCGCCUCACGUGCGGCGGAAGCAGAAAAUAACUGAGAUAGUCCAGCGUUACCGCAACAAGCAGCUGGAGCCUGAGUUUUACACCUCGCUCUUCCGCGAGGUGGGGGAGGAAAAGCCUCACCUCUAACCUCCCCCCAGCCCUGUCCUAACACUGGCUCACAAGCGCACAUUACAACAUACACACACAUACACACACAUACACACAUACACUCUCUCGUCCUAUACUCAUACACCAUUUACUGUGCGUGCAUACACUCACACACACACACACCACACGCAGAUCUUUAUAUUUAUACUGUACUGUUUGUUAUUUAUAUGACGACAUAUAUCAACACUGUCUGCCUUUGACUCUGAGAGCAAAGUGUCAAAAAGCCACGUCGGGAAAAGCUGCAUUUCUCUGUCGCAGCCUCUGAUUGAAGAUUUGAAGCUCAACAGUGACUUUCUCCCCCCCACCAUUUAGAAUCAUGCUUCGUGGCAAAAAAGAGUCUCUGCUCGUCUUUAACUGCAAUAGUUACACUGUCGGCCUUUCUGAAAUUGUAAAAAAGUUUGUCCUCUAAACCCUGUGAUGAGAUUGAUUUUCACGAUGCUUUGGUAAUACAGAGUUGUGUCCCAAAAUCUGCAUAUCUGGUUUUGUUUUAAUCAAACAGAUUCACAGCUGGAUUUUUCUCCAAGGAGAUGCAAACAUUAUAAAACAUUCUCUGUAAUAAACAUCUCCUGCUGCUUUAAGGCAAGUGGCUUCAAGAAGGGAUUGAAAGCAUUAACCCUUCAUCUAAUGUUACAACACAUUGUCAUUUAACAUGCAGACACCUGCUGAAGUCUUCCUCACACAUCGGGCCAAGCACACAAGAAUUUUUUUUCUUUAUAUAUUUGUAUUUGGUUUCUAGGACUCCUACGUUGCCACUUUUGACAACUACGCCGUCUCUUUCAUCCCGUCUCACAACCUACUGCAGUGUGUGUGUGGUCACAUGUAUGCUUGUUCAGCCAGUCGAUUCAUACACACUACAUGGAGUCAUAGUGACCCCCAUAAAAACUCCAUUUGGGCUAGACAUAACCCUAGAACUGCUUUACUCUUGUUCUAAUUAUAAUGAAUUUAGUUACAGAAACUCCUUCAUUUUGCACAUAGUGUUUGCAGGGCUAAUUCGAAAUGACCACAAAGAUAUUUUAUCCACAUUUCCAAACCGAGCUAAAGCACAGUUAAACUGUCCUGCUCCUCCAAACAAAUCUCUUCAAAGGCCAACUCACUCACUGCAGCUAUCUGUGUUAUACAUAGCUUGCAUUUUGGCUCAUUGUGUAAUUAAAGCUAUUUUUUUUCACUCAAACCCAAUAUUUAAAUGUUUUGGCAACAGAAAUGUGCAGUUUAGCCUUCACACGUUUUCUUUUUUGUUUGCUUCACUUUUUUUCCGUUGACUCACUGUACUUUAGUUUUGAUUCAAGCCCUCUUCACUGUCUGCCUGUAACAAUGUGAAUUUAUUUAUCACAGCGAUGGAACAGGGCAAACUCCUCUUUGUCAUAUUGGAAAGUCUUAAUGCACUGAGCACAUUUUAUGUUGAUUCUUUCUAUUCCCAUUGGUUACCUUUCAUGUCCUUUUUGUACUUUUGUGCAGUUUGAAAGAAACCCCUGCUGAAGGAAGAGUUUUAUCUUGUGAAAUACGAAUGAAGACGAGGCGUCGUGGAGUUUUUAACCUGUCAUGUCUAACUGUGUGACUCACUUUCUAUGACGGUGCUUUGCGCACAUGCCUUUUUUUGGAAGGAAAAAGUAACAUUCAAUUUGCUUCGAAGAAACCACAUACAAUCAGUCAUACAUGCUAGUUACUCCUCCAUAUUUAAAGAUUUGCCAUGUACAGAAGCGGAGGAUAAAUAUGUAAAUAUAUGAUAGUGUAAGGCAUUUAAAAGUUGUCUGUUGCAUUCCUCAUCUGAGAUUGCGAGAAAAAUUAUGUAUGUAUGCAAUUAUGUGUGGGAGCAUCACAAUGGGUAUUGAAUGUAAAAUGCAUCAAUUAAAACUAUUACUGACAUUUUAA